AGAGAGAGAGACCGGACCGGAGAGUCCACACAGCGUCUGUCCUGGACCGGGACCACAGGCUGGACCGGGACUCAGGUGUUUGGACGACUUGUUCGCACUUCUGGAUGAAGCCGCGCGUAAAUCUGCCGGACACCGCGCCACACACACCUGCUUCCUAGCGCUUUGAAAACACAAACCGGACCGCAGGUUCGGAGCCUCGGACCGGUUCUGGUGUUUCCCGCCGUCAGAUGAGCGCUGGGCUGCGGUUCGGGCGGCUGGAUGAGAUGAGACCAUGGCCUUUACGCAGCGGCUCGCUCUGCUCCUGCUGGGCUUCAGCUCCGUCCUCACGGUGAACGGAAAGUUUCCUCUCUGUCAGUUCCAGUGGGAGAUGCAGCGAGCCAGGAGAGAGUGUCAGACACAACUACAGCUGAGGACGCCCGCCAGCACAGGAUGUCACGGCGAGUGGGACAACUGGUCGUGUUGGCAGAGCGCGACGGUCGGCGAGGUGAUGACGCUGCCCUGCCCCUCCGCCCUGCUGCACCUGUUCGGAAAACACGGUAACCUCAGCAGGAACUGUACAGAGAACGGCUGGUCUGACGUCCAGCCCGUCAUCACCGUCGCCUGCUUGUCAAACAGCACCAACGAACCGAGCGAGCUGGUGUUCUACAGGGUGGUGAAGAUACUGUCCACUCUGGGCCACAGCCUGUCGCUCAUCACUCUGCUCACCAGCACCGUCAUCAUCUGUUUGUUCAGGAGGCUCCACUGCACGAGGAACUACAUCCAUCUGAACCUGUUCGUGUCGUUCAUGCUGCGAGCCGUCGCCGUGAUGACCAAAGACGCGCUGCUGUUCUCGGACGAGGAAACCACCGACUGCAGCACGCAGCCGUCGCUGGUGGGCUGUAAGGCCAGCCUGGUGUUCUUCCACUACUCCAUCAUGGCUAACUUCUUCUGGCUGCUGGUGGAGGGUCUCUACCUGCACACACUGCUGCUCGUCAUCCACAACUCCUCCAUCCGCCUCCCCAUCUACAUGCUCAUCGGCUGGGGAAUCCCUUUUGUUUUCGUGGUCGCGUGGAUCAUAUGUCGGAUCAACCUGGAGGACACGAGGUGUUGGGAGACGAAUGACAGCGUCGCCAUCAGAGUCAUCAACUGGCCCAUCAUGGCGUCCGUCAUCGUAAACUUCAUCCUGUUCAUCAGCAUCAUCCGCAUCCUGGUGCAGAAACUUCGCUGCACUGACGUCGGAGGAAACGAGCAAUCGCAAUACAGACGUCUGGCGAAGUCGACCCUCCUGCUGAUCCCUCUGUUCGGGAUCAACUACGUGGUGUUCGUCUACCUGAUGGAGCCGACCGACAAAAACAUGGAGCACAUCAAGAUCUUCUUCGAACUGGGCCUCGGGUCCUUCCAGGGUCUAAUUGUCGCCGUCCUGUACUGUUUCCUCAACAGCGAGGUCCAGAGCGAGCUGAGGAGGACGUGGAGGGGUUUAUCUCUCAAGCGUUACGUGGGGCGGGAUUACAAGCUGCACGCCAUGUCGGUCAGCCGGAACGGCACCGAAAACUCGGCUCAGUUCCCCCGAAACUCCAGAGCUCAGUCCAUCCUGCAGACUGAGACCACCGUGCUCUGACCGGGGACGGACUCUCAGAACUGAGGCUCGUGUUUUACAGCAGCGGGUCGAAGUCUUAACUCAAGGACACUUUUAUAGACAUAUCAUUUGCUCCUGCAGCGACUGAAGCUGUGAGCUGCAGGAGGACAUCUGGUCGGACUGUGUGCUUCACUUUCAUCACUGUGCUUUUUCAAAAUUCAUGAAACUCCUCCUGAAAUCAUGCAGAUCGACCGACUGAACUCCAGUUCUUCCUUUCAUUUAAUUUAACAUGAGACUAUUAAAUAAACAUCACACUUCCACGCUCUGUGCUGCCGUGCUGCUGUUGCAGUACCGCCUGCAGACUUUUUAUACAGCCACAUAUAAGUUUUAUCUUUUGUCAGUAUCUUGUUUUGGAAGCGGAGCCUUCAACAGAAAGAAUAUUUACCCGAGCCCGAAAGAACUUGUGUAUCAGAAAUAUGUUUGUUUUUGUUAAUAACCCAAAAAAAAUACCUAAAUUUAAAAUGUAAACAAUCAUGAAUUUAGUAUUAUUGUUGUUUUAAUUAGAAAUGAGGCAGAACAUUCACUGCUGACUCAAAGUGCAAUGAUUGAUUGAUUUUAACUCCUCUCGGGUGAAAUUAUCCAGUUGUACAUGAGAGAUUUUUUUUAGGAAAUUUGAAAAUCCUGUGUCGCAGUUUUUAGGUUUUACCUGAUAUCACUGAAAUGAAUCAUCAGUUUUAGUUUUCAUUAUUUUUAAACCUGUAUUGGACCAAAACAAUGCUCCUAAAAUAACAAAAAUAAUAUUCCCACAAGAGUUUCAGCAGGGCAGAUCGUCCAUAUCUGGAUCCAGAAAUGAAAGCAGGGUUUCAGUUCUUCUUAUAAAACCAUACUUGCCUGGAUUGUUUUGUAUUUUACUGUACGUCUUGUGUUUUUUUUACACAGUUGAGUGUUUCAUGUUGGUGAUGCAUCGAUGACGUCGAGGGACAUUUGUAAGCUUUUCAGCACAACUGUAAACAUGUGACUGUAAGUUUUAUGUAUAAAAGCUUUAAUCUUGGA